AAUUUUAGGUAUGCGGAAGGUUGGGGGUAACACAGCCAACCUUGAUAAGUCUUAUCUUUAUUGAAAACUAACUGCAGAGACCAAGAGAGCUUUGACAGCAAACUUAAUCCUUUUCUGAUUCUGAUUCAUCCAUACAAACCGAACGAUAUGUACUUCAAAAUUAUACUUAUUCUCUCAGGAGCAGUUUUUAUCUACGCACAAAGACGUCAUGAGUUAUGUCAAAGCUAUGGGUGCUUUGACUCAAGUGAUACUCAACUCACUGUGACACUCGAUGGUGAUGAAGUCUACUAUGCUGACUUUAAAAAAGGGCUUCUUGUUUGGGAUAGUAAAAUCCCUACAACAGUCCAUGUUCCCCUUGCUUACGAAAUUGCAUUACAUUACCGAGCUGUGUGCAAAGGGGAAUUGAAGAGAUAUAAACCAGACAAGUAUGCUACAACAAAGACUAAAGAGCCACCAGAAAUUAUCAUCUACCCCAGAGAUGAAGUGAUAGAAGAGGAAGAGAAUACCCUCAUCUGCUUCAUCAACCAUUUCUUCCCUCCCUCCAUCAACAUAAAGUGGACCAAGAAUGACAUAGACAUAACAGUGGAAGAUCCUUUCGACAAAUGCAUAAACAAUCCUGAUGGAACAUUUCAUGUUUUCUCCUACCUAAACUUUGUCCCAAAGGAAGGAGACAUCUACGGCUGCACUGUGGAACAUGCGUCGCUGGAGAAGCCUCAGACCAAGUUUUGGGAGGCUGACAUAAAUCAGACUAGUAUUAGUCCAGAUAUCUUUUGUGGACUUGGCCUAUUCCUUGGACUUCUUGGAGUUGCUGCAGGAACAUUUUUUUUUGUGAAAGGAAAAUUAAUAUCUUAGAUGUUAAGACGUAUACCAUACACAGCGCUGUGAUCACUUUGUCUCUGGUUGGUUUCCAGCCAGCGACAUUUGUUUCAUGUCAUCCCCACUUUCUCUCUUCUUUCCUGACACCUCUCAUCUACUAUUGAGUAAAGGCAAAAUGCCCAAAUAUUUAAAAAAAAAAAAGGAAACAUCUGUAAUUCACUGAAUGAUCUUUCUUUAUCACUGUGUUCUCUUCUAUUAUGUCAGUGUGUCAAAAUACAUAACAGCUUUGUUUUUUUUAUUUGUUGUCACUUGUUUUUUUCUACCAUUUAUAACUCAUAAUAUGCAUCUGAUUGUCACUGAGUCAUUGAGCUAUUGUAAAUAUCUGUAUAUGACAUGUAUUAGCCUUAAAUAAACACCCUAUAAUGAAGAUUGAAAACUU